CCCUGCUCUGGUAAAGAGGCUGAAUGUCUGCAGGACAUGCUUAACGUUUGUCUAUCUAUGUUCUUCUACUAAAAACCAGCGGGGUUGGCCCAUAGAUGCACAGAGACUGGCAAAUUGCUCCACUCAGGAGCUUUUUAUGACAGAUAUCAGAAUUCAGAGCUGCAGAUUGUUCACCGUUGCAUGUUGAGCAGUUAACUAGUGGUUGCAUUUAGCUUUAGGAAGUCAGCUUCAGUUCUGUUUUUUAUAGGUUUCAUAGGUUUUCACUGUUGUGGAGAAAGAUCCUCUCCUUUAAGUUGACGAGGUAGUUUUUCUCCUAACUUUUCAUCCCUCCAUUGCUUAGAGGUCGCUUUUUGAACUUUUGCCACCAUGUGGGAGUUCAGGUCCAUGUCUUUCUGGCGGGCUGUGUUUGCCGAGUUCUACGGCACCAUGUUCUUUGUAUUCUUUGGGCUGGGGGCAGCCCUCCGCUGGACCACUGGGCCACUUAAUGUUCUUCAUGUUGCCUUUUGCUUUGGGCUGGCGGCUGCCACCCUCAUCCAGUCCAUUGGCCACAUCAGUGGGGGACACAUCAACCCAGCUGUUACCUUUGCCUACCUGAUUGGCUCCCAGAUGUCGCUGUUCCGCGCUUUCUUCUACAUCGUGGCCCAGUGUCUCGGAGCACUGGCCGGUGCUGCUGUGCUCUACGGAGUCACACCAAACAACAUGAGGGGAAACCUGGCACUCAACACGCUGCAGCCAGGCAUCAGCCUGGGCAUGGCCACCACUAUGGAAGUCUUCCUCACCCUGCAGCUUGUUGUCUGCGUAUUUGCUGUGACUGAUGAGAGACGCAAUGGACGCCUGGGUUCUGCUGCCCUGGCCAUCGGCUUCUCUGUACUCAUGGGGCAUCUUCUAGGGAUGUACUACACUGGAGCGGGAAUGAACCCAGCAAGGUCCUUCGCCCCUGCUGUCAUGGUCAAGAACUUUGUCAACCACUGGGUGUACUGGGUUGGACCCAUGAUUGGAGCUGCCUUGGGUGCUCUGGUGUACGACUUCAUGCUCUUCCCCCGUGUGCGCAACCUCUCUGAAAGGCUCGCUACACUGAAGGGCAUCCGGCCCCCAGAGGCUGAGGGCCAGCAGGAGACCAGGGGGGAGCCCAUCGAGCUCAAGACACAGGCCCUAUAAGCCUGGGUAGGAAGAUUGGCUUUCUGACCACCCCCUCCCUCACCCCUUGCCCCUAUAUCUGCACCCUCAGCUCCCGGUCCAUCCUUAGCCCAUUCAGCGUUUUGGCGCACUUACCUCCUCCCCGCCUCCACAAAUGCUAAUAGCAUCCCAAACACCUUUGUUAUCCUUGUUCUGCAUCCAGAACUGGACCUACUGAAUUACAGUGAAGCGGAACCCAAAGCCCUGACAAUCUCGCCUGAUUUCCCCUCCACCCACCCUUCCUCCUCCUCCUCCCCUUUGGACUGCAGGACAAAGAUGGAGGGUUAGAAGAACACUUGCCACGGAAGGAAGCAUCCUGUGCCGCGUGGUGUGGGGAGUCAGUCACUCCUGGCUGACCAGGUGGCUAUAACUGCUCAGGACAGGGGCCUCUCUCGCUAUUUCCCUUUCUUUCUCUUUUUGUUUUUUCCCUAUUUUGUAGUCUGCUAGGAGUGAAGCUACAGUAGAGCAGUGGACUUCUGCAUGCUUUCCCAUUUUGAUCCGGUGUGAUCUCGCCCUUCGUUACAUUUUGUUUAAUGAACUUUGGGUAAAUUACAUGUACGUAUUGUACUUUACCAGUAUUUAUUUGGCUUUUUUUUUAGUUUUACGUGUGUGAUUGUUUGAGACAGAAGGUGGGUGUGCAUGCAUAUCUCUGUGCAUGAGUAUGUGUGUGUGCUUGUUUUAAUUGAUCAUUUUUAUUUUUCACUUUUCAUUGCCGAAAUCCUUUGUCUGUAUCAUGAAUUUUUCUUUUAAGCAUGAAAACAUAACUUAGGGGGAAAUGCAGCCUUUUUACAUACUGAUACGGCAUCAUUUCACCAUGUUUAGAAAUAUCCUCUUUUUAUAUCAGAUAAAAAUAAAUCCUUGGAGUCAAUUCUGAAAGCCAAAUUUAUUCAGUUUGGAGAUUGUGUUUCAUAUAGUGAAGCACACACACAUUCAUAUUAAAAUAACCCCUAAACAAAGCUAUCUGGUCGUUCCUGAGCUCAGUCUUCAACUAGGUAGAAUAACAAACACUUUAAAUGGUAUAAUUGACAUCAACUGUGUUACCUAUUGCCUUAUAUUUGGAAAUCUGCAGGUUUGUACCACUCUAGACAACUUUAACAAUAUUUGUUUUGGAUUAUAUUUUAAAUGAUUUUUUCUGCUUUUAGAGCAGGGCUUAUCACAGAUUCCUGUACAGCUGUGUGAUAGUUGGUUUGCUUUUACUUUUGCGUGCCUGCCAUGGAAAAACAAUACAAGCAAACCUUACAAGCUGUCAUGAGGAACACGCUUUUUCUAAUUGAAUUGUGUUGUUUGACACAACCGAAGGUUCUUUGUUACAUUAACUUGAGGUUAGAAAUGAAAGAUUGCAUGAGGUGUGGUGGCUUGUUGAUAGUGUUGGCAAACACCUGGUGCCUUCUCUUUUCUACACUGAGUUUGGUGGCUCUUACGGAGUGAGAUCGUUUUAUUGGACAAACUCCUCUCUGAUAUUUGGGUGAAGAGAGAAGGUCACCGAAAGAUGAUGAAAUCAUUAGUGUGUUUUGUACAGUGUGAUUACUGUACACCUUUAUUUUCAUACAACCCACUGAAGAGAAUUGACUCUGAAGUUGAAGCUCUACAUUGGCCUGGCAUCCCCUCUCUCUUCCAUCCCUUUUUCAUUCACCCUACCUCCUCCCUUUAUUUAAAAGGCAGCCAUCUUGUUCUGCUCUAAUGAGGGGACAUCCAAAGCUGCUGGGAUGGAGGGAAGGAUACGGGUCACUGAGAUAUGUUAGCAUUUUGACAAAUUUCCCCAGAGCAGUGUUUGAACCAGACAUGUCAGCUGAUUCGCUUUCUGCUUCCUCUACAUAAUCUUUUUUUUCAGUGUGAUUUCCCUGGCAGUGGUUGAUUAGAAUUUACAUUUUAGUGACAUGUUAAAAUUAGAUUUAUUGUUGUAAUGGAAAAGCUUUGUGAUGUACAGUGUAAAGUUUUCUUUCUUUUUUAAAAUCAUUUCAUGAUUGUUGAAACUGGAUGGAUAGGAAAUAUACAAUGCUAGUAAUGCAAUGUCUCUCUUUGGCUUAUGGUUUAUGGAAGUGAUGCAGUUUAUGUCAUACACCGAUAUGCUUUCACUCAAUGGACAGGCUUUCUGGUACCAGGCAUACCUUCCCGAUCAUAAUGCCAUUGAUUUAUCAUUUUUAUAUGUGAAAAAAUAUCAGAAGAUUCUUAUGUUUCCAAUCA